AUUCUACACAUCCAGCUAUCAGACAGGAGAACUCAGAGGAGCUGACAAGAGUCACCAAAAAGAUCUGAAGAAAUCUACUUCAACCAGUCCAACGGGCAAAGAUGAAGACAUUGAGUGUUGCUGUUGCAGUAGCCAUCGUGCUCACCUUCAUCUGUAUCCAGCACAGCUCUGCUGUCCCAACAGCUACGCAACAGGUGCAGGAAGUGGAGGAGCCAAUGAGCGUCGAAUUCCCACUUGCUGAGCAGGAGGAGACACCCGUGGACUCAUGGAAGAUGCCGUAUAACAUCAGAGAGAAGCGCGGCAUCAAGUGCAAGUUUUGCUGUGGCUGCUGCACCCCCGGGGUCUGUGGAUUGUGCUGCAGAUUCUGAGGAGUCCUUCUCAAACUAAUUUGUUUUAAAGAUAAUGUAACACUUUUAUUCCAUUUCAUGCAAUGAACAGAAAAAUGAUUGUGGUCAGUCUGUAAGUCUUGCUCCGAGAUAUUUUGCCAAAUAAUAAAGUGGAUUAUCAAUACAAAACCUUCUUAGAA